AAAAAAUUUUUUUUUUCUUUGUCCCUUUUUUAUUAAGUGUGAGGCUGGAAAAAGAUGACAGAGCGAUCAAACAUUUCAAUUGAGUCAUGGGUUCUCAUGUCAUUGAUCUAUAGAGAUUUAGAUGAUGGCGAUUAUCGUAAUGCACUUUUAUUAGCUGAACGAUUAUAUGCUCUCGACAAUCAAAAUAAAUAUUAUAAAUUAUUGUAUGCAGAUUGUCUUUUUCAUUGUCUUGAUUAUACUGCUAGCUAUACUAUAUUGAAAUCUGUAAAAUCAAUACCAUGUUUAAAUUUAUUUGCUAAAAGUUGUCUUGAGCUUGGAAAUACUGAAAAACUUCCCGAAAAACAACGCGAAUUAUGGGAAGAAGGUGUACAGUCACUUCAACUUGCUUUAUCUUUACCUGAAAUACCACAAACUAUUCAUUGGGGAGAUGAAUUAUCAAGUAUGACGGUCAGAAAUCAUAUGCCAAGUCGGUCUUCUAUUUGUAACUUACUAGGUGAUUUGUAUGUAAAAUUAGAUAAUAUUCGUUUAGCAGCUACUUAUUAUUGGGAUUGUCUAUUAAACAAUCCAUACAAAAUAUCGGCCUAUAUUAAAUUAUGUGAAAUUGCACCUGAUGUGGUUGAUUUUAACAAGACAAAAUUACCAAAGGAUAUAUUUGUUGAUUUAGAUCCUGCAGUCAUUAAUUUAUCAAGAUCUUCUCUCUCUUAUUUACCACCAUUUCCUUCAGCUAACAUAUCUGAUAUUUCAUUCUCAAACGAUUUACCACCUUCCUCAAUAAAGAAAAAUGGUUGCUCUAUGCCAGAAAUACAUGGUGAUUACCAUGACUUUUCUAUAGACCAAUUAAGAGCCCUUGUUACGGUUUCAUCAAAAAUAGUAUUGGAUCAUGAUAAAUUACCGGAACACGAGUAUGAAAGAGAUGAAAUUGAGAAUAGAAAGGAUACUAUUAUUACAGAUAUCGAAAAUGAUAUUAAGCGAAUGGAAGCGAAUGAAGCAUUUAAAAAUAAGCACGGUUUACAUAGAAAACCACCUAUACCAAAACCCCAAAAACUCACAGUUGAAUUAGAAACAAUUAAUGAAAACGAGGAACAAAGUGAUCAUGACAAAGUCAUAUAUGAUUCUAUUCAAAAUAAUGCACCACCUAGACUACUGAACUCCUCCAGAAGACGGCCUAGUGAUACCCCUGCCAAAUCGAACCGUCCAGUUAAGAAACGUGGAAUAAUUAAAGAUUCAACUGAAAAGGCACAAUCUAUUUCUUCUUAUUUUUUACCUCUUUUAAAUGUUCCAGAAACAGAUCAAGUAGGAGAUAGAGAAAUCGUUGAAGGAAUGAACAAAGUAAUAAAAGCACUUUGUAUAUUAGCGAAUGGCUAUUUUUAUCAAUCGUUUCAUCAUUGUGAAAAAGCUGCGCUGGAGUUACAAAAGCUGGAUGAUAGGCAAUAUAAUUCUCCGCGUGUUCUUGGCAUUUUGGGUAUAGCGUACUAUGACGCAGGUGACUAUCUCAGUGCUCGUGCAUUCUUCAGACAAGCAUUUCUCAUAUCACCUUGGUAUUGUGAUUAUAUCCCUAUUUAUUCAACUUGUCUUUGGUAUUUAGAAAAGGAGGAGGAGCUGAAUUUGCUGGCCUUUAAGAUGAAAGAAAAUCGAUCACAUCAAUUCGAGGCUUAUAUUGCGGCUGGUAAUUGGGCAAAAUGUGUAAAAGGUGGUAAUGAAGCAGUUCAAUGGUUUCAAAAAGCUGUUGAUUUAGACCCAUCUCGAUCCUAUGGACAUGCUUUAUUGGGUUAUGAAGAAUGGGAGAAGGGUAACAGUUUAGGGGCAAAGAAGCAUUUUGCAAAUAGCAUGAUUACAGAUAAAAGAUCAUAUCUUGGCUGGUAUGGUAUGGCUUCUGCUUAUCAAGCAAUGGAAGAAUACAUGCAAGCAAGAACAUUAUUAGCUGAGGCAGUCCGAUUACAUCCACGACAUCCAGUUGUAUUGUCAACAAUGGCUGAAGUGCUUUAUGAACUUGAAGAAUAUGAAGAAGCAAAAGAAUACAUUGACAAGUCAUUAAGCAUAAAAACGAGUACAGCGAAUGAAAAACUAAAAAGCAAAAUUGAAACUAGUUUAAUAGAAACAAGAAAUAAUGCUAAUACUAUCGAUAAUGAUUUAUAUAUUUAAUAAAUAUUUAUUUUUUACUAGUAGUGAAUUAAAAAAGAAAGGAUUUAUACAUGAAUAAAAGGUUAGAUUAUAUAUGGCUAGUAUACUAGCUAAGGAUUGGUAAAAAAAUAAAUUAUAAAACUCAUAUAUGAAUAAGUAAGCAAAGAUAUCUAUGCGUAUACUUACAAUACACUGCUCUUUUUGUCGGACUUUAUAAAAUACAAGAACUAUAUGCAACAAAUCUUAGCUUAGCGCUGUAGACUGGAUUGUUAAUCAUACCCAGUUACUUUCGCUUCGACUUCCAAUAUGGUCGAGUUUUCUGUAGUACAGACUGAUUUGGUAAUAUGGGAACCCAACAAAGCUUUAGUUGUAGGUUUGUAGUAAAAACUCUGAAAGAUCUGUGUGUUACGACUCCAGUUUACAUGUUCCUUUACAGUCGACGAAACUAGGUUGGGUCAAUAAAAUAAA